GUGGGCAACAGCAGCAGGGGCAGCGAGAGCGGGAGCGGCGGCGGCGGGUGGUGUACUCGGUUGGCGGGUUCGCUGCCGUACACGAGGUGGCAGUCAGCGAGAACUACUAUGUGCUGCUACAGCCGCCGGUGCACCCGGAGGUGCUGCCGUACCUGCUGGGCGAGGAGAGCGCGCUGGGCUGCCUCCGCUGGCGGGAGGGGGAGGAGGCGGUGCUGCAUGUGGUGCCCCGGCCUGGAUCCGGAGCAGAGAGGCGCGGUGAACAGCCUCUGCGACUGCCGCUACGCCCCGCGCUGUUCGCUUACCACUUGGUCAAUGCAUUCGAAGGAGCUCCGGACCCCUCCACGGGCUCCUCUUCCUCACCGUCACUACCACAUCCAUCAUCACCACCGCCAGAAGACGGCUGGACGACUACUUAUUCGGCGUCAAGCGCUGCAGCACCACCAGCUGCUGCUGCUGCUGAAGGAGGAGGAGGAGGCGGGGUCAGCUCCUCACACGUCGUUAUCACAUUGGAUGCAGUGGUGUACGACAGGUUGCCGGCGGCAGUUGGCGGUUGGCAACCGCACCAACGACAUGCGCGGGCGGAAGAGGCGGGAGGGGAUGCCGGCUGGCGGCCUCGCCUCCAGCGCCUGCACCUGCACCUGGCCUCCCGCACCGUCACUCCGCUCCCCACCCCGGCCCCGCCCCGCCACCCCCACCUGGAGCUCCCCGCCUUCAACACCGCCUACACCGCCCGGCCCUACCGCUACGUGUACGGAUGCAGUCCUGACUUCUCGGACGCCUCUUGCGGCCUCUCCAAGGCCGACCUCACCACCCGCCAGUCCCAGCGCUGGUGCCCCGGACCCGGCUACCUCUGCAGCCAACCCACCUUUGUGCCGCGUCGCCCCGCAGCCGCCGCAAACCACACAGGGC